AUUAACAUGAUAUUACAUUGUUCUCAGAAACACAUGACUGUCUUUCUGGCACAUACAAGUCAGGACAGACAAGAAUAAGAUUGAAUUAACAGGAAAAGAUGCCUACUUAGAAAAGAUACUCUUCCAGAAACCAUUAAAAAGUACACAGAUGCAGAAUAUUUAAUUUGUUUACCUUCAGAAAGGAAAUACAAAUUAUAGUGAAUGUUGAAAAUCUUUUGGUUUAAUUAUACCUUAAUUCCUUUUUCCCAUCCCUUGUCACCAUUCAUCUCAGAAGUUAGGAAAAGAAGAGGUUUUGACUGAUACUAUCUUUAGUGGUAACAAUCAGAAUUGUAGAUUAUGUGUGUCUGUAGAUGGGACAUUCUAGGUCACUGGGAUAAAUUAUCUUCUGCAAUUGUCUAUUCUAGAGCCAUUGGUUCUAGGAAAAUAGUAGAAGAGAUAUGGACACACUGGAGAGAGUUUGACAAAGGGCCACAAGGGUGAUGAAGGGACUGGAGCAUGUCUCCUAUGAGAUAAGGCUGAGAAAGCUAUGACCGUUCAGCACAGAGAGAAGGCUCUCUUAUUUGUUCUGGGAAGCAGUUUGGCUGGACUUACUAGGAGAGCUUUAAAAUACAUUCAGCAUGGGAAGGGGAUGUUCUUCUGAGUGUCGGAGAUAAACCAGGAAACAACACUCUAGGAAGGAGCAGGGAAAUAUCUGUGCAUCAUGCCAAAGGAAUUAGAGAGAGCUCUUUCCAAAAGAUGAAGAGAUGGACAGCCCAGAUGAAGUGUCUCCACAGCAGUGCAUACAGCAUGGGUAACAAGCAGGAGGAGUGAGGAACCAUGGUGCAAUCACAAAACUAUUAAAUAAUUGCUACCACAGAAACAUGGUGGAGAGUUGCACAUCUGGAACACUGCAGCUGAGGGCUACAAGGUUUCCAGGAGAGAUAGGCUGGGAAUGAUGGACGGGUGUGUUGUGCUCUAUGCUAAGAAGUGGAUGGAUUGUGAAGAGCUGCCUCUGAGUAACAAACAUAAACAGGUUGAGAGCUUGUGGGUAAAAAUCAAGGACCAACACCUAUUUUAGAUGUCUGCUCCAGGAUAAGAUGACUCCUACUGAUUUCAAAUGGAGUCUGGGAUGAUUAACUCAGAGGCAGGCAUCUGUGCUGAAGAAGCUUAUGUUUGUCUUCAUGAAUUUCCUUGGCCAUCUAAACACUACCUUCAUUCUCAAACUCCUUGCAGGAGGCGGGAUGUACUGAUGUUGACACCAUGGUUGGCUCCAAUUUUCUGGGAAGGCACAUUCAGUAGAGACAUCCUGAAUGCUCAAUAUAUGCAGAAGAACCUGGUCACUGGAGUGGUCACUUUUGUUGUUAGAAAAUAUGUCCAGUUCAUAGAAGGGUUCAUAAGAUCUGCCAACAAGUACUUCCUUGCUGGGCACCGGGUGAAUUUCUACUUGUUUACAGACAAUCCUGAGAAGAUCUCUCACCCUCAGAUGGCCCCUGAGAAUCACCUGGUUGUCAUCCCUGUCUACAAUCACUCAAGGUGGCAAGACGUCUCCACAAGCCGUAUGGAUAUCAUCAAUACAUAUAUCCACAGCCAAUUCCAGUAUGAGGUUGACUAUCUCUACUCCAUAGAUAUUGAUGUCCAGCUAUUGGCACACAUUGGUGUGGAGAUCAUUGAUACACUGGUGGGAACCCUCAGCUCUUGGCAGUUCACCACACAUCAUGAGAACAAAGCCUAUGAGACGUACCCUGAGUCACAAGCUGCAAUCCCUAAGGGAGAAGGGGACUUCUACUAUACAUCAAGCUUCUAUGGGGGAAGUGUGUCUGAGGUAUACAAACUGACAAGAGACUGUUUUAAAGGGAUCAUGGAAGACAGAGAAAAUGGCAUUGAAGCUAAGUGGCAUGAUGAGAGUCAUGUCAACAAGUAUCUCCUGUACCACAAGCCCACGCGCCUGCUCUCCCCAGAGUACUACUGGGAUGCAGAGCUAAGCUCAGCCAUCAUCCAGGUGAAAAGGAUGUGCUCUGUGCACAAGGAUAGCUAGAAACAAGCUUCUGAAACAAAGAAAGCAAGUCUUUCCUCUCUACAACCCCAUUGA